ACCCCAAACUGAGUGGGACCCCCCAAAAGUGGAGGGUGAAGAGCACUGAGGUUUGGGGGUGAUGAGAAAUGGGUGGGAGAGGUCAGAAGAGUGGGGAAAGUGGAGGGUGGAACCCCCAAACUGAUCAUGAGGGGGCUGAGGAGUCUCCAGAUGCCAAUGCAGUUCUCAAAGCACAGCCUGGAACGGAGGAACUCGCAGCACAGGUUGACGAGAGGCUGGAGAGAGGGAGAACCUGGAAAGGGGGAAUGUCUGGGAAUGUGGCACCUCGAAGGCAAGAAUCAGAGAAUUUGGAGAUGGAUGGAACCAUCAGGGGGUUCAUUUGGGGUGGAAGGAGCGGCCAAAUCUCUUCCUGCAGGUGGGGCACUGGUAGAGCUUCACUUACCGGUGGGUCUCUUGGUGUCUCCUCAAGUUAGAGUUCUGGGUGAAGCUCUUCCCACACUCCCCACACUUGUAGGGCCUCUCCCCAGUGUGGAUUUGCCGGUGGGUGAUGAGGGGAAAGCCAGACACAAGUCUAGCAAGGAAAAGCCAAACUCCCCCCAGAGCCCGAAAAGUCUCCGGCAUCACUCCCCAAAAACACCCCAACAUUGACCUGAGCCAAUGAAAAGCCAACUGCAGAGUGACUCAACCCUCGAGAGACCUGCCAGGCUGAGAAGGUUCCGGUGGAUCGUUCCUGCCCACGCUGAGGUGGAACUGAAGAUCCGCUUCAGCCCCACAGUGCCAGGGCAGUUUGACCAGCUGAGGAACUUUGAGAUCCUGGGGUCAAAGCGCCUGUACCAGUUGCCCUGCAGUGCCACUGCCCUGUACCCCAGCAUCAGCCAGAACCCACGGCUGGUGUUUCCUCGCGGGAGGAAGAGCAAGGAGAAGGAGGACAUCAUCUCCAAGGAAUAUGUCAUGAGCACAAAGCAGUUCCACUUUGGACCGCUGCUUUGUGGCGAGUCAGGAGAGUGGUACAAGGCACAGAACUGCCCCGGCAACAGCGAAAAGUUACCCAUCCUCAACGACUCCCCCAUGGAGGCAGAGGUGCAUUUCUCCUUUGAGAAGGACAGCAAAGGAGAGACGUUCCUUUUGGACCCUCCCAGCAUGAGGCUGCAGCCCAAAGAGAAGAAGAAGCUGAGUGUUUGGGCGUACCCGACUUCUGCUGGCCUCCUGGGAGACAGUCUCGUCUGCUGGAUCAAGGACAACCCGGAGCCAGCGGUCUUCCGACUGUGCUGCCAAGGGGGUCACGUGAAGCUGAGGGUCAGCCCCCAGGAGCUGCAUUUCAACAAGCUGCUUCUGCACAGGACUGACACCCAGACCCUGGUCCUGAGAAACGACAGCCCACUGCCCAUGGCAUGGCAUCUCAGUGGGCUGGACGACCUUGGAGAUGACUUCUCUGCAUCGCAAGGCAGGGGCAUCGUUGGGCCCCGCGCAGACUUUGAGGUGAAGCUGGAUUUCAAGGCCGAGAAGAUUGGCAUCACAAAUAAGAUGAUCCGACUAGAGGUUUCAGAUACAGAAAACAUCCUGGGCAUUGUUCAGGCUGAAACCAUCAAAGUCUCUGUGGAGGUCUACGAUGUUAAUCUGAGCAUCAACAUGCCUGAAGGUCCAGAUGGCAGCUUGGAAUUUGGAACCAUUAAUGUCCUGGAUAAUAAGCAGCAAGUCCUGAGUCUGCAGAACAAAGGCUUGUAUGACAUUGAGUACAGUUUCAAGCUGACCACUGGAAGUGCCAAGAGGGGCGACUUGGAAUCUCCCUUCACUGUCCGGCCGCAGGGGGCUGUGCUGAAAGCCUCCCGGCCACCUCUGAAAGUUGAGGUCCUCUUCCACCCCACGACUGAAGUGUUUCUCGAGAGCAAACCCAUCCUGCUCUGCCAGGUGAGCUGCCUGGGCCCGGCUGUGUUAGCACAGUGUGUCUUGGGAGCAUAA